AUGUCCACCGGCCACCUCGCUCCGCCCAAUCCAGUGCUGCCACGUCACCCCGCCGCCGCUCUCCUCCAACCGAUGCGCGCCACCUCGCCUCCCCCGCGCCCACUUCGCCGCCAGCCACCCGGGGCCCAGAUCCGGCCAGCCCCGGGUCGAACCAGGCCGCACCGGGCCCGCUCCGCCCGCGUGCACCUCCGCGUCCCCGCACCAAGCGCCGCCGCCUCCCGCGCAUCCCGUGCCGCUGCGCUCCGCCGCCGCCUGCCUCUAGCUCCGCCGCUUGCCGCCUCGCGCGCUGCAGCACCACGCCCACCACCGCACGCCCGCGCCGCCACCCCGCAUCGCGCUGCACCGCCGCACUCUCCGGAGCUCGCCGCCGCUGCGGCCGGCCUCCUCCUCUUCGCCGGCACCCCUCCGGCCGGAUCCGGGUCGGGGCCGACCAGAUCCGCCUUGCCCCGGUGCUCCUCGCCUCGCUCGGGCCUCCCCGUGCCCUCGCCGGAGCCGGAGUUCCGGCAACCACCACUAUUGACCUGA